CCGAAACCUCGCUUUCGGAAGCGAGAUAAAGUUAUGUUUUACGGGAGGAAAAUGUUAAGAACGGUAAGAUUAAAACUUCAUUUGGAAUCUAGUAUGCUCGUUUACUUAGGCGAAUACACUCAGGUAUUAUGUAAUAUACUAUGCAUUGCAUCAAUUAACAGAUUAUUGAUGCUGUUUGACGAUGAGGUUGAAAGAUUGAAAAAAGAGCCGCCUCCAUCUGUUGUUGAAGCUGACUGGGCUGAGCCUGAUCAGCACAGUGCACCUUUCCCGGCCGAGGUUCUAUACAUGUUAAGAAAUGUUAGAGUAUUUGGACACUUUGAAGAACCAUUAUUUAUCGAGCUUUGCAAACACAUAGAAACGAAGCAUGUGCCAGCCAAUGCGAAUCUAUUUUAUCCUGGAGAUCCUGACGAUAGUAUUUACGUAGUACAGAGCGGACACAUUUCUGUCUAUGUAACAGAAAAGGAUGGAACUCGAUUACCGUUGAAAGAAGUUAAAAAUGGCGAUAGCAUACAAAGUUUACUAAGUGUUUUAGACGUUAUAACGGGAUAUCCACAUCCUUUUUAUACCGUUACAGCUAAAGCUGUGGAAGACUCGAUUAUACUCAGGUUACCUUGUAGAGCAUUUCAGGACUUAUUCCGUGAAUACCCUGAAUUUAUGAUGCGAAUCGUUCAAGUCAUAAUGGUGAGAAUACAACGUGUUACAUUUUUAGCGCUGCAUAAUUACUUAGGUCUUGGAAAUGAAUUAAUCACGCAGGUGAGACAAUUUUCGAAUUUCUUGUUUAGUCGAUGGCAGAACUCUUCUGAUACUCCGAGAUAUGAAAGUCAGACUAAUAAAAGUGAGAUACCUGCUUCGAAAAAUGAAACUUGGAAUCCCGAUCAAAAUAACGUUACUGACGGAGAAAAAUUAGCACGUAGUAAUAGAGUUGGGUAUCUGAAAUUUAAAGCUCUAAGUUCAAGGCAACGACUAAAAUCAUCAGAAGGGUUUAAACUGGAACCCCUUCCGACUCGAGAGCCGAUCGCUGACUGUGCUAGUGAUGUUGAGCAUGUUGAUAGUGAAACACUUAGAAGAAGGCACGCACGUCGGACAAAAUCAUCAUGUACACCAAGUAGCGGUAGAGAUACCGAUAUGGAAGAUGAUGAUACUUCACAAUUUAGCCAAAGAUCUCAAACAGAAAUGUCGGAGGAUGAUGAAUUACUUCGAUCUGUCUCUGAUGGUGUUAGCAAUGUUCUUGGUUUACAGAGCCCCGCUCCACUGCAAGAUCGCCUUGCCCUAGCUCAAAUACCGGCGGGGACGAUACUAACCAAAGAAGGAGAUAUUAAUUGUAGCUUGUAUUAUGUAGUAAGUGGUUCACUGCAAAUUAGCCAAAGAGAUGUCAACAAAUCUUAUGAGUGUACCUUAUUCCACGCGGUUCCUGGGGAACUAGUUGGAAGCCUGGAGAUGUUGACCGGUGAACCAUCUCUGUUUAGCAUCCGCGCGCCACAUGAGUGCAAAGUUAUAAUAAUAACAAAGUCUAAUUUUUUCAGUCUGAUGAAAGAAACUCCGUCGGUGGUAUUGAAUGUAGCACACUCUUUGGUAAGGAGGAUGUCUCCAUUUUCUCGUCAGGCAGACUUUGGAAUUGAUUGGAUGUUUGUUGAAGCAGGACGUGCUCUAUAUAGACCAGGAGAACCUUCUGAAAAUAUCUACAUUGUUGUAAGCGGACGGUUGCGUGAAGUUCUUACUGGAAAAGAUGGUAAAAAGGAAAUAAUAGGCGAACACGGUCGUGGCGAACUUGUUGGUGUGGUAGAGGUUAUGACCAAAAGUCAAAGAGCUACUACAGUUUUGGCUGUCAGAGACACGGAAGUAGCCAAAAUUCCAUCUGGGCUACUUGAAACUAUUAAGGUGAAAUUUCCUCAAGUUGUCACACGCUUAAUACAUUUGCUAGGAGAACGUUUGAUUGGUAGUUAUCAACAGCGUACCAAUUUAGCAAUAUCUUUACUUUCAGCUAAACCAAUAGGUGAAAAUCACGCAGUCACUAGCAAUCUAUCAGCAGUUGCUAUAAUACCAACCGAUACCACCGUUCCGCUUACAAAUUUUACAUUGGAGCUAGCGAGCGCCUUAAAUACAAUAUGUCCAACGUUAUACCUUACUAGUUCUUUAAUUAAACGAAAGUUAGGAUCAUCAAUUCUCGAUCGGGCUAAUGAAUACAGGCUGACAAAUUGGUUGGCACAACAAGAAGAUGCUCACCGCAUAGUAUUGUAUCAAGCUGAUAGUUCCUUGACCAAUUGGACGAGACGUUGUGUAAGACAGGCAGAUACUAUUCUAAUCGUUGGGGUUGCUAUGAAAGAUCCCGCACCUGGGAAGAUUGAGAAGCAGCUGGAAUCUCUUUCUAUGAGAGCACAAAAGGAACUUAUAUUAUUACAUAAUUCAAGGCAAUUACAACGGCCACGCAACACCGUGGAAUGGAUCAAUGAACGUGGAUGGUGUUCCGCUCACUAUCAUAUUCGUUGUCCACCAAGAAUUUUCGGGAAGUUAAUGACAUCUGAUUUGGUAUCUAGUUUUCAAACUCCAGUUCCUGAUGUAAAUUCCGAUUUUGCUCGUUUGGCUCGUCAUCUCAGUGGAACAGCAAUCGGACUUGUGCUCUCAGGAGGUGGUGCAAGGGGACUUGCUCAUUUAGGUCUUAUUAAAGCAAUGCGAGAAUUUGGAAUCCCCAUUGACAUGGUUGGCGGAACCAGUAUUGGAGCUUUAAUGGGUGCAUUGUAUUGCAUUGAUUCCGACCUAGACGACUACACAGCGAAAGCUAAACAAUUUUCAGAAGAAAUGUCAUCGAUUAUACCGAAAGUCCUUGAUCUAACUUAUCCGGUAACCGCCACUUUUACAGGUAAAGCUUUCAAUAGCGGUAUUCAACGAGUCAUCGGCGAUGUCCAGAUAGAGGACUUAUGGAUUCCUUACUUCACUGUAACUACCGAUGUCACUGAUUCUAAAAUGCGGAUUCAUACUCAAGGUUCCUUAUGGCGUUACGUCCGUUCAAGUAUGUCACUCUCUGGGUACUUACCUCCACUGUGUGAUCCUACUGACGGUCACCUGCUGCUAGAUGGAGGAUAUAUCAACAAUUUGCCAGCGGAUAUCAUGAAGUCCAUGGGCGCACAAACAAUCAUUGCUGUGGAUGUUGGGGCUAAUUCUGGACCAACGGACCUUGAUAACUAUGGAGAUUAUCUUUCGGGGUGGUGGCUUUUGUGGAAAAAAAUUAAUCCCUUUUCUGAACCACCAAAAAUACUAAAUUUAGCCGAAAUACAAUCACGCCUAGCCUAUGUAUCAUGCGAACGACAACUGGAAGAAAUUCGAAACUGUUCUGCUUACCGAUAUUUAAAACCUCCAGUACAAAGAUUUAAAACUCUACAGUUCAACAAAUUUGAUGAAAUUGCGGAGGUAGGUUAUGAAUACGCGACAACAGUUUUUACUGGUUGGCAAGAAGGCAAUCUGAUGCCUAAAAGCAUGCGAUCUAAAUAUGAUGAUACUGAUGGAACUACUACCCAGGAAUCGUUUGGACGAACUGUUGAUAGUCAUAACUUUACGGAUCUAGCUGAAAUCGUUUCUCGCAUA